GAUGCAAUUAAGAAACUCUCAUAUGAUUUAUUUCACGAACAUAAACAAAAUACUGAGAAUGAACUUAAGGAAUGGCUUAAAUUAAAGCUAGAAGAAGAUGAGUUUUCUAGUAAACAAUUGCAAAAAUCAAAAGACAAAGGAAUUACCUUCAUGCAGCUAUGGCAUAAAAAGUUAUAUUCUGCUAUAA